AUGAAAGUCUGCCUGAACCAAGUGGAUGAGUCUCCGGCCAUGACUUGUCCCAGGUGUCCUACCGUUGGGACGGCGUUGAUAUUUCUGUCGGUCGUACACGUAAGCGCAGGCCUGAAGUGCGUGUGCCAGCUGUGUGCCAACCACACAUGCGAGACGGGGCCGGACGGGGCCUGCUGGAACUCCGUCAUGCUGAUCGACGGGAAAGAGGAGGCGGUCAAGUCCUGCCUGUCGCCCUCCGAGAUGAGGGGCCAGGUCUUCUGCUACGGCUCCCGGAAUGUAUCCAAGAGGAGCUGCUGCUUCACCGACUUCUGCAACAACGAGACGCUGCACCUGCACACAGGUAGAGUGGAGAGGCCAGCGAGGAGUCCGGGCUGGGGCUGGCUGGAGCUGGUGGCGGUGACCCUGGUGCCAACCUCCCUGGUGUGCGUGGGUGUCCUGCUGUGGGUGUACACACAGCAUGGGCAGCACUGUGUCUACCGAAAGGCCCUGGCGAACACCACCGAGGACCCCCUGGACAACCAGAGCCUCAUGUCCCCCGACAAGAGUCUCAAGGACCUGAUCUUUGACAUGAGCACCUCGGGGUCUGGAUCUGGUCUUCCGCUGCUCGUCCAGAGGACCAUCGCCAGGACCAUCGUGCUGCAGGAGAUCAUCGGGAAGGGCCGCUUCGGGGAGGUGUGGAGGGGGAGGUGGAGGGGUGAGGACGUGGCGGUGAAGAUAUUCUCCUCGCGGGACGAACGGUCCUGGUUCCGGGAGGCGGAGAUCUACCAGACCAUCAUGCUCAGGCACGAGAACAUCUUGGGCUUCAUCGCCGCCGACAACAAAGACAACGGGUCGUGGACCCAGCUGUGGCUGGUGUCGGAGUACCACGAGCACGGGUCCAUGUUCGACUACCUGAACAGGUACACGGUGUCGGUGGACGGGAUGGUUGUCCUGGCCGUCUCGGUGGCCAGUGGGCUGGCUCAUCUGCACAUGGAGAUCAUCGGCACUCAGGGAAAGCCAGCCAUUGCUCACAGAGAUUUAAAGUCCAAGAACAUUCUGGUGAAGAGGAACGGCUCGGCCGUCAUCGCCGACCUGGGCCUGGCUGUGAAACACGACUCCCUCACCAACACCAUCGACAUACCAGCCAAUCACAGAGUGGGAACCAAGAGGUACAUGGCCCCAGAAAUCCUGGACGACACGAUCAACACAGGCAACUUUGAGUCGUUCAAACGGGCUGAUAUCUACUCCCUGGGCUUGGUGUUCUGGGAAGUAGCGAGGAGAUGCACUGUGAGCGGAAUCUGUGAAGAUUAUCAGUUGCCUUACUAUGACGUGGUGCCUUCGGAUCCGUCCGUGGAAGACAUGAGAAAGGUCGUCUGUGACCAGAAACUGAGACCCAACAUUCCCAACCAGUGGCAAAGCUGUGAGGCACUGAGAGUGAUGGGAAAAAUCAUGCGCGAGUGUUGGUACACCAACGCCGCCGCCCGACUCACCGCGUUGCGGAUUAAGAAAACGGUCUCGCAGUCGUUUGCCAAGGACGUCAAAGAGUAG